AUGAAGCGAACGCAUGCGGCAACGGAAGCUGCGGCCGCGCGCGGCAAGCAAGCGGCUGCUUCGUCUACAGGGCGAGUGUCUCGAGCGAGUCGCAAACGCGAAAGCGACCAAAGUAUGGCCGAUAUGGAUACUAUUGACGUGCAGGCGUUUUUGCUGAGGGACUGCCAGGCGUCAUCGAAAAUACUGUUGGAACAAGCAAAAGUGCGAGCCGAUGAGUUACGACGAGAGUUCGAAAAGGGCAAACAGGCGCUGCUGGAUGCACUGGCAGCAGAGAAGGAGAACGUUGACAAUGAUGGCGAGGAUGUCCCGCGGGCUUUUACAAUCUUGGUCAGGUGCAUUUCUGGACCGUAUCAAGGAAGGAACUUCUGUAUGGAUAUCGACAAGAAACGGCAUUCGUCGUGCUUCAUCGGUCGAUCGACUGGCCGUAAAUUUCGCCCACCUCGCGGUCUGAGUGUGCCAAAGGAUUCAGAGCUUUCAACAUCGCAUGUAGAGAUCAAAAUGGAGACAACAGGGAAGCUGUUCUUCAUCGACCUGGACAGUACCAACGGCACUCGUGUUGACAAUGUGCAACUCGAGGCCCACGAGCCGUAUGAGCUCACGCUUAGCAAGCCUACCAAAGUGGAGAUUGGUGGUGGUGAGUACGAGUUUGUCUUUGAGCAGAAAUCGUAA